AUGGAUGCACUAAAUCACUCUUUGAUUUCGGACUUUGUGUUGCUGGGACUCACUAGUUCUUGGGAAACUAGAAUUGUUCUCACAUUGACAUUUUCCUUGCUCUACUUAGGGAUCAUCCUGGGAAACCUUUCCAUUUUGUUUUUGGUGAUUCUUGAUUCUCACUUACAUUCUCCUAUGUACUUCUUACUUGCCAACUUGUCCUUCAUUGAUUUGUGUUUUGCCUCUACAACAGUUCCCAAGAUGAUCACAGACCUUUUAAAUGAGCACAAAGUAAUUUCUUUUCAAGGCUGUAUGACACAGGUAUGCUUCAUCCACAUCACAGGAGGAGUGGAGAUGGUGUUACUCAUAGCCAUGGCAUUUGACAGGUACACGGCCAUCUGUAAGCCUCUUCACUACUUGAACAUCAUGAAUCCUAAAGUGUGUGUUUCAGUUGUAGUCAUUGGCUGGGUAACUGGGAUUAUUCAUGCUAUGUCCCAGUUUUCAUUUGUUAUUAACUUGCCCUUUUGUGGCCCUAAUAAAAUAGACAGCUUUUUUUGUGACUUUCCCCGGAUUAUAAAACUUGCGUGCAUAGAUGGAUACAAAUAUGAGUUUAUUAUUGCUGCCAACAGUGGGUUCAUGAGCAUGGGAACCUUCUUUUUGCUCAUCCUUUCCUAUGCCUUCAUUUUGGUGACCGUCUGGAAACGUUCUAAAGGGGAUUUAUCCAAGGCAUUUGUCACUUUGUCAGCUCACAUCACUGUGGUUGUUCUCUUCUUCACUCCCUGCAUGUUUCUCUACGUGUGGCCUUUCCCCACAUCUUCACUUGAUAAAUAUCUAUUCAUUGUGGACUUUGCCAUCACCCCUAUCUUGAAUCCUGCCAUCUACACAUUAAGAAACAAAGACAUAAAGAUAGCAAUAGGAAAAUUGAGAAAAAAAUCUCUUUAUUUUUUUAAAUCAUUUUAUUAG